CGCAGAGAUGCCGCGAUGGUAAAGAUCGACCGCGUGCUUCGACCACGCUUCCUGAAGCUGCUCACCGCUGGGAAAGGGGCUACUGAUCCCAGGUCCCAGUCAGUCCAAGCACUUCAAGGCCCGCAGCCGUAUGAAAACCCUAGAACGCUUUCCUGCCCAUCGUCAACGCUUUUGGUACGUCCGUUGACUAAUUGUUGCUUGCUGUUCUUCUUCGUUUUGUCAAGCGUUUUCCGGUUCAGUCUUAAGUUCUUCAGCCUACUUCUCCGGAUUAACCUCGAGUCUUCUCACUUCAACCCUCUCCGCUCUCGUCCCAUAUCCGAGUAUUUGUCAAAGUACUCGCUUACCCUUCUCCUUCUUGACCCUCAACAUGUUUGCUCAUGGCAAUCUUCUCUGACGGCUGUCCUCCCCGCCCUGAGUUUUGCCUUACGUCCGCAACAGCUAGACGCAACCAAUCAACUCUCGACUCAAAAAUGCUUAUGCAACCUUUUGCCCAUCCCUACUUUGCAAUCAUUUACAGGCCGUAAAUCCGGACUCCUGGGCCUUGCAUACUGUGCCUUCCAUUCAUCUCGCCACACAUGUUUCCUAAACCCCACAAAGAUUACCGAUACAACGGCAGUUAGGCGCUGCAAGCUUGCAGCCCGCCGACGAUUUGUCUGCUGUUUUACAAUGGGUGUAACGAAGUGCUCUCUAAUUACAGAGAUAUCAAGCUUUCUAUCACCCCGUAUUAGUCCCGCCACAGACUCUAAAGACUUGAUUCCUGAGAAACCGGGACUUCUAUUCUCAAGGCAUUCAUCCUGUCUCUUCACCACUCCACAGACUCGCGUAACCUUCAUCAAAUCUUCUUCAACGAACUUCCGACAGAGUGCUAUAACUCACUACCACCCUCUUCGGCUUCUUGAUGCCUCACCGACAACGCCGCGCAGAGCCUGGUCGAGACUAUCCUCCACCAUCGAUUCAUCAGCAUUCCUCUCAUUUUGGAAUGGUGCCAUUUGUUCAUCAUCAUAUCGCCGCUCAUUCUACGAAAAUCCCUUCAGCCCCGGAAAUGGAAACCAACGCCGAAACAACGAUAGACUUAGGGCGGAGAUGAGACGUGCGAAACAAAGCACGCUUCCCAGAGGCUUUGGCUAUCCGCACUUCUAUGGAGGAUUCCCAAGCUAUCACUUCUCUAUCCCCGGUCGUAGGAGCCCGCUCAGCGCAGGAUAUUCUCGCCGGAGUACCGGCUAUCUACCAACACCUCCAAGAUAUCCCAACAAUUCUUCAUAUCCAAUGGUGCGCAGCUACCCUACUCGGAGUCCUAUGUACCCUCCUGCAAGGCAACCGGCUCUUUACCAGCGCAGAAUCAGCACCACCCCCGGCUACCCUUGCCGUAACAUGCCUCUCGCCUCCCGAAUUCUUCAUCAUUACGGUAGGAGUCCAUACUAUCCCAGGGCAUAUCCUAUGGAAGACGAUGACUUCUUAGAGGAUGAAGAUGUUGAUGACGAGGAGGAUCUGUUGUGCAAUUGGGGACACAGCUAUUUAGAAGAUCCGGAUGAUCUUUGGACCGAGGGAGAUAUGGACAUUCUUUCUGGAGGCUACUCCACUGACUUCGAGGAGGACGACCACGAAGAGCUAGACUCAUCGCGUUUCUUUGCUUCUGUUGUAUUAUUGUCGCCACGAUCCAGCUAUCCUCGUUUCUUCCAUCGUAAAUAG